AAAUUGAAAGAAGUAAAAGAGACAGAGACACAGAAGGUGAGAAGGAGCCAAUAAAAAAAGUGCAUGUGAACAAAAUAAUCGAUCACGCAUCCACCGCACGAGCGCACAAAACUAAUAAAUAAAAAAGUGUGUGUGUGUGUCACACACAGUUUCGCCGCCGGUACAAAUCUGUGCAAUCGGCGUUUGCCACCUGCCGUUGUCGUCGCAAACAAUGCAAUGAUAUAUGUAUUCAUUAUUAUUUUAGUAAUGGCGUAGCGCACUGACGAAGGAAAGAGAGAGAGAAGGGAAACAAAUGAUUUCCCAGGUGGAGAGAGAUCUGUCGAUUCAAAAUCGGCUUCCGGUGGCUACACCUUCUCCGCCGCCUUCACCUCGUCUCUGCCGGAGCCGCUCUAAAUCCUCCGGGCAACAACACCAAACUCGGACUACAUUCCUUCACCGUAUCUCAUGGAUCCUUUUAUCUGUUCUUCUCCGGCGUCAGGGAAUUCUCCUGUUCGCUCCUCUCAUCUACGUCUCCUGUAUGUUUUUUCACAUGCGCGUGGCCUCGUUUGAUGCCGCUCCGAUCAUCCACCGCCGUCCUGCUCCGGGAUCCGUUUACAGGAGCCCGCAGGUUUACGCUAGGCUCCGCGCUGAUAUGGACGCCGAUAACACCACUGCUGAUGCGAUAUCAACGAUUUGGAAACGUUCUUAUAAAGGUGUGGAAUGGAAGCCAUGUGUGAACAAGUCUACUGGAGUUUCGCCUGAGUCAAAUGGUUUCAUAUUCAUCGAGGCUAAUGGAGGCUUGAAUCAGCAGCGGACUUCGAUUUGCAAUGCGGUUGCUGUGGCAGGCUACCUUAAUGCGACCCUUGUAAUUCCCAACUUUCACUAUCACAGCAUAUGGAAAGAUCCGAGUAAAUUUGGAGACAUCUAUGAUGAAGAAUACUUUAUUGAUACCUUAGAAAAUUAUGUGCGGGUGGUCGAUACAGUUCCUGAAUACUUAAUGGAGCGUUUUGACUAUAACUUGACAAAUGUCUACAACUUCAGAGUUAAAGCAUGGGCACCCACCUCCUAUUACCGGGACUCAGUCCUGCCAAAGCUGCUUGAAGAAAAGGUUAUAAGAAUUUCCCCAUUUGCGAAUAGACUUUCAUUUGAUGCUCCUCGAGCUGUCCAGAGAUUUAGAUGUUUGGCGAAUAAUAUAGCCUUGCGAUUUUCGAAACCUAUACUGACCCAAGGAGAAACACUGGUGAAGAAAAUGAAGGAGCUUAGUGCAAACAAUGCUGGCAAAUCUGGCUCUGAGGUGAGAGAUAUAAUACACUAUAAGACCAUGUUGCAGGAUAUGGUAGCUUUCUCUUGUUGUGUAUUUGAUGGUGGUAAGCAAGAAAAACAAGACAUGAUUGCGGCGAGAGAAAGGGGAUGGAAAGGGAAGUUCACAAAACCAGGCCGUGUGAUACGACCAGGAGCAAACAGGCUCAACGGGAAAUGCCCUUUAACUCCUUUAGAGGUUGGUUUGAUGCUGAGAGGAAUGGGGUUCAACAAAAGCACAUAUAUAUACCUUGCAGCUGGCCCAAUAUAUAGCGCGAAUAGAACUAUGGCUCCACUACUCGAGAUGUUCCCUAAUCUACAGACGAAGGAGAUGCUUGCGUCUGAGGAAGAACUGGCCCCUUUUAAGAACUUCUCCUCGAGAAUGGCUGCGAUAGAUUACACGGUGUGUCUCCACAGUGAAGUAUUUGUGACAACUCAAGGUGGAAACUUCCCUCAUUUCCUCAUGGGACAUCGGAGGUAUUUGUUCGGAGGGCAUUCGAAGACGAUUCGGCCAGACAAGCGAAAGUUAGCCGUACUCUUUGACAAUCCUAAGUUGGGAUGGAGAAGUUUUAAACGGCAAAUGCUAAGCAUGAGGUCUCAUAGUGACUACAAGGGGUUUGAGCUGAAACGACCUAGUGACUCUAUUUACAUAUUCCCUUGCCCUGACUGUAUGUGCCGGAAGAACAAAACAACAGCAUCAGCCACCUGACACAUUCUUUCACUGGAAAAUUCUGGUGCAUUCCUUCUUUUAUUUACAACAAUUCUUUCAAUUCUUUUGGCCACAUCCGCAUCCAAACACAGGGAGAGAGAGAGAGAGAGAGAAAGAGAGAGAGGACUAGUCUGCGCAUGCAGGGACUUCGCAACUUCUCCCCUGGGGGAGAUUUUUUGACACAUUGAAGCUGAUGUAUCUAUCUAACACGAGGAACUGUGAUUAGCUCCCACCAAGAUCCAACCUUUUGUUUCUCGGAGAAGAGGAUAGCAUUUGGAUGUUUUGCAGAGCGUUUGCGUUUUUGUAUAUUUGGUGUCUAUUGGUUGGGUUUGCCCAGAAAUAAAUAGAUGUAGGGUCGGCCAUAGAGUCACAGGGGAUAAGAAAGCUUCCAAAAAAGUUUUGUACACUGAUCGGUUCCUUUUUGGUUUAAUUUUUUGUCUUGUUUAAAUUAUGUUUAAUUGUUUAUAUUCUUGUGAGUGAUCUUCCAAGUAAAUCUCUCUCUUUGUACAAGUUGGUGUAUCCGAUUCUAAAAUCGAACAAUACUUGGAGUGAUGCUCCUAAAUGGCUGCAACUGAUAAUCAAUUUUACAAA